AUGGCUGACGACGAUGUGCUUGGUGAUGAUGGAAGAGAGGCUAUUCAUUCAUGUGUCAAGGUGCAUAUCUGCAGCCUUGAUUCAGAACAAGAAAGCCUAGAGAAAUAUGAUCGAGAUAAAGCUCUGGAAAAAUUAGAAACUUGUUAUCGAGGAAGCUUUCCUCAAGGAUUUAGCUCAUGGCUUUUCUUCGAUCCGCUCGCACUGUUUGAUUCACGUGAAGGACAUAAUAUUUCGAAAAUGAAGAGAACAUACAACAUUAUUACAAUUCACGAGGCGCUUUUUUCUUUUGAUCAAAUCAGUUACGUUGCCAAAUACCCGGAAGAAUCUGAUGGUCCAACGUAUAAAGAAUUGAAGGAAUUAAUCGACAAGCGAAGAGCCGAUGUCGACAAAGAGCUCGCGGAGGCCCGACGUUACCCCGAUGCACAACGUGAAUAUUCCUGGAUUGUCGCGCAGCGCAGAGUGAGGGAUUGCUUUUCUGGGAACUUUGCUGGAGAUAGAGGGCUUCUAAAUCACAAGCCGGCCGGACAAAUGUACACGAUCACUGAAGUUUACGACACCUUUCAGGACAUUGAUAAAUGUGGAAACCUUCUCACCUAUCCAGAGGACGAAGGGCCUGGCUCUGAAGAGUUAAAAACUUUGAUCGAUGGAAAUAGGGAAAAGCUUAUCAAAGAGGAAAACGAAGCCAAAGAAAAGCCAUUUGUACAACGUGAAUAUUCCCACAGUCAGGCUGAACGUCGAUUAAGAGAUUGUUUCGCUGGAACCGUUUCAGGGGAUACUGAUAUUUUUCCAGUGCAAAAAAAUACCUAUAACAUCUCUGAAAUCAAAGAUGCUAUUGACAAUUUCGAUAACAAAAAGUUAAUUGAAAAGUACCGAGAAGGAGAAAAACUCGACGAUGUUGACGAUGCAAGGGAUUCAAUUCAGGCUGAAUAUGAAAAGGCCAUCUCAGAGACUGAAGUGAGUUACGGCUCAGGGUUUAUAAUCGAAGAUGGUACUAUCGUCACCAACAAACAUGUGAUUGAGGAUUAUCUUGGUAAACCAGCGAAGUACAGAAUCUAUAUCUCUAAUGAAGUCAUCGAUGGAGUGUAUGUACCCUGCAAAGUUGCGGACUGGGAUCCUCAGAAUGAUCUUGCUUCUCUGAAUUGUUCGAAACUGUUCUGGAAGAAAAUUUCAGAAAUACGUCCAUUGCAGUUGUCCAAUGAGCCAUUGCUAACCGGCCAGAAAGUUUUCUGCUUCGGCUACCCCAUUCACUAUACGGGGAAAAAGGCUCUUUUUGUGGAGGGCAGAGUCUCUGGUGAAAUUAAAAAACUGUAUGGACCUCAAUUAGCCAUUAUAAAUUGUUCAAUCAGCCGUGGUAAUUCAGGCAGCCCAGUGUUGCGUCGGAAAGAUGGUCAAUUAAAGGUGGUUGGAGUUGUGAAAGAACAGCACAUCAAAUACUUCUUAACUCCAGAACAAAUAGAAGAAGUGGAAGAUUUAAUGACGGGAUUACAUUUCCAAUUCAAUUUCGGUAAUGUUUUACCUGCUCAAUUAGUGUCCAAUUUUGUACAGCGCAAUAACGUUGACCCAACCUGUCCAGGAGGAAUUGUAGACUCCAUUAAGUAAUCCAACAUUUUAACUUGUUACUUUAAGUAUAAGUAUUGUGGUUUGCAUAUUAUUUCUUAAUUUAUAAAGAAGUUUAAAUGUGUUGGGACUUUUAGAUAAAACUACCUCACCUCACCUUUGCAUUUUGGUUAAUUUUCGUGACCACUUAAUUAUAAAUUUGAAGGCUUCCUGCUUCCAAUCUCUCAACUAUGCAUGCAUGAAAGCAUAAUGCACGAACUGCCAAAUGAAACCAUGGAACAUUGGAGGCAGAAUGUUUUGUUUUAUAUACUUAUGUAUAUAAAGUUACUUAAGAGGAGGAAAUUCUUAGAUAUGAACCCUUAGUAACUUAUCUAACAUUGAAUGAUGAUUUAGGAUAACUAUUUACUAAACUUGAAGUGAAUCUAUUGAAUUCUGUAGGCUCAGUUAAAUCAAACACAACAAGAUUUAUCUGUGUGGGCAAGGUGUGCAAGGGGCUGCCACAAAAGAAAGGAAUUUAUUAUUAGAAUUAAAUAACACCCAAAAUAAAACAAAAAUUAAUACUUCAACUGAUAUCUGCCCUAUUAGCUGAUAAAUGAUUACAAGAGAAGGUUUGGGUGCCCAUGUGAUGAAUUUACCAUGGAAGGUAGUGAAAAGACUAAAGACCAGCUAUAUGUUUGACCAUCUAAAUCCCAAGAUCUGAUUGCAAACUCUCCCUUUGUAAAUUAGUUACAAGAAUUUGGAGUGAGUUCAAGAUAACAACUUCUACCUAAUAAAUUUGAGUAUUCUUACCAUCUGUUUGCUGGACAAUGUAUGGAUUUUAUGGGGAGAAGUUGUAUCUUAACUCUUCUGAGAGUUGAAGGGUAAAGUGCUGAGUUAUAACAUUGUUUAAAAGAAUGAAUGAGUUGACUGAUGUUAGAAAACCAAAUGCUGCUUUUUUUUUCCAGGGAGAAAGCUUAAGAAUAGCCUUUGAUGCUGAACAAUUUUCUAGAAAUUUUUACAAACAUUUUCAUG